AGGGGAUGUUUGGGCUGAAGCUGAAGAAGAAGAAGAAGAAAGCAGAGAAGGGGCUAAUCCUAGCCAACAAGGGUGCCCAAGAUGGCCAAGGUGAAGCAGAAGCACCACAGGAAGGCUCUUCUCACCAGGAAGGAUGGGGAGAAGAUUUCAUUUAUGAUGAUGCAUCUAUCACUUCUGUUUCCUUGGCUCCUCCAAAGAGAAGAUCAAAACUAUUGACUAAGAUCCAUGAAGGGGAGGUCAGAUCCCAAAAUUAUCAGAUUUCCAUAACCAUCACUGAGGCCCGCCAGCUCAUGGGUGAGAACAUUGAUCCAGUUGUGAUCAUUGAGAUCGGGGACGAGAAGAAGCAAAGUACAGUGAAGGAAGGAACCAACAGCCCAUUUUACAAUGAAUACUUUGUCUUCGACUUCACUGGGCCCCAAGUGCAUCUUUUUGACAAGAUCAUCAAAAUCUCAGUUUUCCACCACAAGCUGAUAGGAAGCAUACUGAUCGGCUCCUUCAAGGUGGACCUGGGGACUGUGUACAACCAACCUGGUCAUCAGUUCUGUGACAAGUGGGCCCUCCUCACAGACCCUGGCAACAUCAGGACUGGCACGAAGGGUUUCCUGAAGUGUGACAUCAACGUGACUGGGAAGGGUGACAUUUUAAAGACCAACCCCAAAACUUAUGAUGCCGAGGAGCAAAUAGAAAAGAACCUUUUGAUCCCUCGAGGGUUUCCAUCAGAAAGACCCUGGGCCAGAUUCUAUGUGAGACUCUACAAAGCAGAGGGAUUGCCCAAAAUGAACUCCAGCAUCAUGGCGAAUGUCACCAAAGCAUUUGUGGGUGACAGUAAGGACCUCGUGGACCCCUUCGUUGAGGUCUCCUUUGCAGGGCAGACGGGGCGAACCACGGUGCAGAAGAACUGUGCCGAUCCGGUGUGGCACGAGCAGGUGGUCUUCAAGGAAAUGUUCCCUCCCUUGUGUCGGAGGGUGAAAAUCCAGGUGUGGGACGAGGGCAGCAUGAAUGAUGUAGCACUGGCAACUCAUUUCAUUGACCUGAAGAGAAUCUCCAACGAGCAAGAUGGAGAUAAAGGCUUUCUACCUACCUUCGGGCCUGCCUGGAUUAACCUGUAUGGCUCACCCAGGAACCACAGUCUGAUGGAUGACUACCAGGAGCUGAACGAGGGCUUUGGGGAAGGCGUGUCAUUCCGGGGCAGAAUCUUAGUAGAAAUUGCUGUGGAAAUCCUCUCGGGAGGGGCACAGGAGUCUAAAUUUUCCAAGGCACUCAAGGAGCUCAAGAUGUCUGCAAAGGACAAAGGCCCCAAGUCUUCCAAAGGCCUGAGCAAGGACAAUGUUGACAGAACUGACGAUGGAAAACCCCAGCAGGCUUCAGACAAAACCAACUCAACCGAGGUGGAGGUGGAACCUUUCCAUGUGCCCCCUGAGAUCGUGCCAGAAAAAUAUGAGGAAUUUUUACUCUUUGGAGCAUUUUUCGAAGCUACCAUGAUUGACCGGAAGAUUGGAGAUAAACCUAUUAGCUUUGAAGUUUCUAUUGGUAAUUUUGGGAACUUGAUUGAUGGGGGGUCCCAUCAUGGGAGUAAGAAGAAGUUAGCUGAAUCAGCUGAGGAAGACAUCCUUCCACUGCUGCAUAAAACAGAAGAGGAUGACACCCACAGUGUACCCAUCCCUAUGGCCUCUGCCACUCACCCGGAGAAGCCACUUGUGAUGGAAGGGAACAGGAAUUACAACUAUUUGCCAUUUGAGGCCAAGAAGCCCUGUGUCUACUUCAUCAGCUCUUGGGGUGACCAGACAUUCAGGCUGCACUGGUCCAACAUGCUGGAGAAAAUGGCAGACCUGCUGGAGGAAAGUAUAGAAGAAGUGACAGAAUUGAUCAAGGUGUCAGAAGAAGCCCCGGAAGAAAAAAUGAAGACAGUUCUUAAAGACUUCAUCAGUCAAUGCAGUGCCUUUAUCUCUGAAGCAGAAAGAAAACCCAAGAUGCUGAACCAAACCACUUUAGAUAAGAAACGGCUUACGCUCUGUUGGGAGGAACUGGAGGCAAUGGCCAAGGAGGCCAAGGGGAUAAUUCAGCAGCAGAAGAAAAAGUUAUCUCUUGAUGAAACAAUCCAUGAAGCCCAAACCUUUGUGGAAAAAAUCCGCUUUCUUGUUGAUGAGCCACAGCACACCAUCCCCGAUGUCUUCAUCUGGAUGCUCAGCAACAACAAGAGAGUGGCAUAUGCCCGCAUCGCCUCCAAAGACCUGUUCUACUCCCCCGUUAGGGAGAAGAUGGGUAAACACUGUGGGAAGAUCAAAACUCUUUUCCUCAAACUUCCUGGAAAACGGCCGGCUGGUUGGUCGGUACAAGCAAAAGUCGACGUGUACCUGUGGCUGGGUUCCAUCAGGCACUCUAGUGCCAUUUUGGACAACUUGCCAGCAGGCUAUGAAGCACAAAUGUCCUCCAAAGUAGUUGAUGCCAGUCAACCCCCAGACAACCUGCUCUACCAAGCCCAGCAUGUCUGUCAGCUGAGAGCGCACAUGUACCAAGCCCGGGGCCUCAUCGCGGCCGACAGCAACGGACUUUCAGAUCCCUUUGCCAGGGUCUCAUUCCUUUCCCACUGCCAGACCACAAAGGUCAUCUCCCAGACCCUCUCCCCAACCUGGAACCAGAUGCUGCUGUUCAAUAACUUGGUGCUGCAUGGAGACCAGAGGGAGCUGGUGGAGUCCCCGCCUCUAGUGGUGGUAGAGCUGUACGACAGCGACACGGUGGGGAAGCCAGAGUAUCUGGGUGCCACCGUGGCUGCUCCUGUCGUGAAGCUAGCUGACCAGGACUAUGAGCCACCCAAGCUGUGCUAUCACCCCAUCUUUUGUGGGAACCUCUCUGGAGGGGACCUCCUUGCCGUGUUUGAACUGCUGCAGGUCCCUUCAUCUGGGCUGCAAGGGCUCCCUCCCAUCGACCUGCCAGACGUCACCCAGAUCUACCCAGUUCCUGCCAGCAUUCGGCCAGUGCUGAGUACAUACCGAGUGGAGGUUCUCUUCUGGGGAGUCCGAGAAAUGAAGAAGGUGCAGCUCCUGUCUGUGGACCGUCCUCAGGUCAUCAUCGAGUGCGGGGGACGAGGAGUCAAGUCCUGUGUGAUCCAGAGCUACAAGAACAACCCGAACUUCAGCAUCCAGGCAGACGCUUUCGAAGUGGAGCUGCCUGAGAAUGAGCUUCUGCACCCGCCCCUGAGCAUCUGCGUGGUGGACUGGAGAGCUUUCGGGAGGAGCACCCUGGUGGGCACCUACACCAUCAACUGCUUGAAGCAGUUUUUGUGUAAAUCCAGGGAGCCCCUUGCUCUCGCCUCACAGGUGGAUGGAGCCCAAGUCAGGCAAGAUGUUUCAGAUUCGCUAAUAGCUGCCGAACCCUCUGAAACCCUCAGUGUCUCCGAGGAGCCCCCAGAAGAUCACAUCUUUGUGGAUGUUGAGUCACCUCCUACAGUGGUACCUGACUCCAUGCAGGUUCAGCCAGCCAGCCUGGCUGACGUCCCUGACUCGUCCCCUAUGCUGGAACCUGACUGCAAACCUGCAGCCCUGGAGCUACCAAAGGAUGGGAAAGCCAAGGACGUCAGGAAGUCUUCCCAGAGGUCUACCAAAAGGAGAAAGAGGACCAUAGCGGAUGAAUCUGCCGAAAACGUCAUUGACUGGUGGUCCAAAUAUUACGCCUCCCUGAAGAAAGCACAGAAGGAAAAGGAGGGCAAGGAGAAAACAGGCAAUAUGGAGGCAAAACCAGAGGAGGUGGUGGUGAAUAUAGAAGCCGGGCCAAAGAAGAAGGACAAAAUAGUCAAGAAGAAACCCAAACAGGAUAUCCCCAACUUGGCAGUCUUGCAGAUAUACGAUGGUAAUCUUGAGAGUGAAUUCAAUAAUUUUGAAGACUGGGUGAAAACAUUUGAGCUCUUCAGAGGCAAGUCUACAGAAGAUGACCAUGGCCUCGAUGGAGACAGAGUCAUUGGAAAGUUUAAGGGUUCCUUCUGCAUCUACAAAAGCUUCAAGGAGUCCAGCAUUGAGGACAGUGGGCAGCUGAGAAUCCAGCAAGGCAUCCCACCCAGCUAUCCUGUCAAAGUCCUGAUCAGGGUCUACAUUGUUGCGGCCUUUAACCUUAGCCCAGCUGAUCCAGAUGGCAAAGCGGAUCCCUACAUUAUGGUCAAGCUUGGCCAAACAGAAAUCAAAGACCGGGACAGAUACAUCCCCAAACAGCUGAACCCAGUGUUUGGAAGGUCAUUUGAGAUCCAGGCCACGUUCCCAAAGGAGUCCCUGCUCUCCAUCCUGAUCUAUGACCAUGACAUGAUCGGAACAGACGACCUCAUCGGGGAGACCAAGAUUGACCUGGAGAAUCGCUUCUACAGCAAACACCGAGCCUUCUGUGGCCUGCAGAGCCAGUACGAGAUAGAAGGAUACAAUGCCUGGAGGGACACAUCCAAACCCACCGAGAUCCUCAUCAAGCUCUGCAGAGACAACAAGUUGGACGGACCCUACUUUUUUCCCGGGAAAAUACAGAUAGGGAACCAAGUGUUUUCUGGAAACACAGUCUUCACCAAGCAGGACACUGAUGAGAUGGUGGAGUCCUAUGAGCACUUGGCCCUCAAGGUUCUUCACUCUUGGGAGGAUAUCCCGGAGGUUGGGUGUAGGCUGGUUCCUGAGCACAUAGAAACUCGGCCCCUGUACCACAAAGAUAAGCCAGGAAUGGAGCAGGGCCGCCUGCAGAUGUGGGUGGAUAUGUUUCCUAAAGAUAUGCCUCAGCCUGGACCUCCUGUUGAUAUUUCACCAAGACAACCCAAAGGGUAUGAAUUGAGAGUAACCAUCUGGAACACUGAUGAUGUCAUCUUAGAAGAUGAGAAUAUCUUCACAGGACAAAAAUCAAGUGAUAUUUAUGUUAAAGGGUGGAUAAAGGGUUUGGAAGAUGACAAGCAGGAGACAGAUGUGCAUUACAACUCCCUAACUGGAGAGGGGAACUUCAACUGGCGCUUCCUGUUUCCAUUUCAGUAUCUCCCAGCUGAGAAGCAAAUGGUCAUUACCAAGAGGGAGAACAUCCUCUCCUUGGAGAAGACGGAGUGUAAGACACCAGUCGUGUUGGUGCUCCAGGUUUGGGAUUUUGAAAGGCUGUCCUCAGAUGACUUUCUGGGUUCCCUGGAAAUGAACCUCAAUAGUUUCCCCCGAGCAGCCAAGACUGCCAAAGGCUGUGAUCUCACCAAGUUUGAAAAUGCAGGUGAGGAGAGCAAGAUCUCCAUUUUCCAGCAAAAGCGUGUACGGGGCUGGUGGCCUUUCACUAAAAGCAAAGAACUCACGUGUGUGUGUCGGGGUGAGGAGAUCUCCCUGUACAACACAAGCAAUUCUGCAACACCAGCAGGGUAUCUGAGAACUCAAUUCUGUGGCAUCUGCCGGGAGCAGCACCAGAUCCCGCAGGUUAAGGGGUCUGUCCUAUAA